AUGGAGGAUUACUGUUCUCCUAAAAUCGUACUCUAUGGUGAAGAAGCCAUCGGCUUCCGCAAAAGAAUCCCAAAGAGGAGAUACGAGGACGUCCUGAAACAACACCUCAGCCUUGGCUAUGUAAACUGCCAUCAAUGGUUCACUCUGGCCUCGAAUCGGGAGACAGCGGUCACAGUACACCAGAAUCAACCUGGAGGACAAAAGACAACGCAGAAAAAACCAUGCCUCGUCAAUAAGAAGACUUUUCGCUGCGCCUUUUGCAAUGAGACUUGUCUGUCUUGCAUUGGCAUUUUUAGCCAUGACACGUCUGCAACAAGCAAGGGUAUAGCCUUUCACAUAUCUUCGUUCGCGAAAACCUAA